GCGGAAUUGCGACACAAUGUCCACCUCAAUUGCGUCGCCCGAGCCGGCGCUUUCAAAAUCAGAAAAGAAGCACAAGAAGGAGAAGAAGGACAAGUCGUCAAAGUCGGAAAAGAAGCGCGAGCGAGACGAGGAGGCGCUCCCCGACAGGAGCCGCAAGCACAAGAAGUCCAAGAGCGAAUCCGUCGAUGAAAACAGAGAGGAGGAAGAGGCCGGGGCUUCGCAACCGCAAGUCAGCAUCGACAAUGACGAUGCCGAGGUAGCGCACAAGAAGAAGAAGAAGGAGCACAAGAAGAAGCACAAAGAAGAGGAGCGCGACGCCGAGGACGGCAGUCCAGAGAAGAAGAAGAAGAAGAAGUCCAAGAAGCACGCCGACGAGGAUGCGGAAGCCAACGAAACUCCUGCAGCUGGCGAUGCCGCCGAUGCCGCGGAGACCGAUCAACCCGACCAGAAGCCAACGCCGCAGACAGCACCUGAAGUCUACCAACCCUCCGAUAUUCCUGCCCGACCUCAGUAUCCAUUCUACAGCCAGACCGUCUCUCUCUACGAGCCCAUAUACCCCAUUGGUUGGUCGCAGCCCGUAACAAACGCCGAGUACCAACACCUACAACAUCUCAAGAACAAAUACGUCCCGUCCCUGCGGGGUGUGCUCUUAAAAUACAAAAACGUCGCGCUGGGCGAGAACCCGGGGCGAAAAGGUGCGGCGACUUCGGACGACGACCAGACAGUCGUCAAGUCAAUCAACGAGUACGCAGUUGGCUUCGGCUGGAUCACUGCUGAAGUUGAGCUGUUUGUGCCUAGUCGCGGCGCGUGGAUGGAGGGCACCAUCAACCUCCAGACCGAGGGCCACAUCGGCGUCGUCUGCUUCGGCCAGUUCAACGCAUCUAUCGAGGCUCGACGUCUGCCAUCUUCCUGGAAAUGGGUCUCUAACGAUGACCCCGAGGCGCAUGGCAUGGAGGAGACGGCAUCGGUGAUUACCGCAGACGACCAGGGUGUGGUGCGCCAGAUUCACAGCACGGGCUUCUGGGUUGACGCAAACGGGAACAAGGUUAAGGGCAAGAUUCGUUUCCGCAUCCGCAACUUUGAUGUCGGCGUCAGCGGCGAGACGAGCUACCUCAGCCUGGAGGGAACCAUGCUGGACAAGGAGGCGGAAAAGGCGCUCGUCCGGGAAGAGGCUGCCACGGCAGCUCUUAGAAAGGGCACCAAGGGACGCGGCAUCCAACGAAGGAGAGCGCCAGAAUUUGCCAUGACGCGGUUCAUGGAUGAAGAGGAGCAGCAGCCCGCCGAGACACCAGCUGCUGAGGCUUAGGACGUCGGGCAACGGCAGAGGCAAACCAUGCAU